UUGUGGCAAACCAGCAAGGGGAGUGGGCGGGGACAGCGUGGAGCAGGAGCAGGUUGGGUUGGUCGGGCGGAGCUUCCCCUGUUAGGGCAGGUGGAACAUGGAGAAAGAGGAAGGAGGACGGUGAGCGGAGAAUCCUAUAGAGAGUGUACGUGGGAAGCGGGACAAAAACAGUAUCGUUGGUUUGAUGGUUACGGCCACUUGGAUGGAUAUUUUCCAUAUGGAAUACUAACUGGCAACACCAUGGCAACAAAAGUAGAACUCACUUCCCCUUUAUCAUCAAGAACACCUCAAGCCAGUCUAAGUGACAUGCUAAAUGAGGUUAAAACUUCAAGGACAUACACCAGUCCACUUUCAGAUGCAAGCAAUAAGUCAAAUGAUUCCAGUUUAACAAGCUCUGUUAUCACUGCAGAAACUAGCAAUGCUGCUUCUAAAUCUGUGGGCAUACUCAGUGUAAGGUCAAGACCUAGACUUUCACCUAAGCCUUUUUCCAAGGAAAAACCUCCAGAUUUUCGAAUUAGUAGAAAUCUACUGGCAUAUGUUUCUAAUGAUACCCCAUCUCCACUAACUACCAGCACAUCAGACAGCCAACAGUAUAAUGACAGUGGGAGAAUGAACAGAAGAAUUUUUGGGGCCUCUCAACAGCAAAGCACCGAAGAGAAUGAAGUCACCAAAGCUGAAGCAGGAUCAUUUGCAUCUACUGCUGAAAUUAGGAUGCAGAAACCUUCUAAUUGGGGCACACCACCAAACAUUGCAGAGAAUAUUGCAUUUGCUUCACCUUCAAUUGAAAAUAAAUCUAGUCCCAAACCAGAGGUUCCAACAAAACCCUUGGUGAUACCAAGCACACUGGAAAAUGUGCAACCCAAGGAAACAUCACAUCUCACAAGUUCUAGAAUAUCUCUUCCAGAUGUAACAACUAAGAAAAUUAACAAAUCUUCAUUAGAGUUUGAAAGUGAAGAUAGCUCAUCUGUGAGAGCCCAGCUAAGGCCUAGACGUCGUCCAGUGUCUGCUGUCUUUCUAGAAUCUAUAAAUGAUCCAGCUCAAGACCGUUCAGAACCUGCAGAUGGGAAGUUGUGUGGUAGAAAGCCAAGACCUAUUUCUGCAGAUCUUACAGCAAAGUUUGAAACCAGAGGACCAUUAGUGUACAAGAGAGGCAAUAGUUUUGAUGAAACCAAGGAAAAUAUACCUUUGAAAAAGAACCCAGCUUGCUCUAGCAUAACUGAGGAGAAGUCUGAACUUGCACUAAAGCAUGAUGAUGGCCUUUAUGAAGUUAGAAGUAAAAGCCAAGGAAACAAUAGCAGCAGGUGUCAAACAACCACUGAGGUCCCUAACAGAAAUGAACAGUUUGAAACCCUAAAUAAGGAAUUAGUCCUUAUUAACACAACCAAAGGAAAAAGAGAUAAAAAGGAUCAAGAUGUCAGUGAUGGUGGUGAAACCCAAAGCAAAGUACAUUUGAUAGAAAAAAGUGGUAAUGCCAGAGUUACACUACAAGAAGUAAAGUCUGUUUUUCCUGAUAACAGUCAAGUCAGUAAAGUGCAGCCUUCAGAUGAUACUGGCAUUACACCGGGAACCAUUCAUAGGCGCAUCAGCCUUCUUUUAGCCAAUACUGGUGCCUCAGUGGAGGUACCCGAAUAUCCUACAGCUGAAGAACUCAAGGGAAGUCCUAAUGUUCAGCAAAGGAUUAAAGGGUUUUCUUCAGAAAAUGUUGAAACAAAGCUUGGCAGGACACAUCCUUUUUUACAAUCCCAGGACUACUCUCCAGAACUGACAAAUAUUUUGUCAAGUUCACAACCAAAUGUGGAAAUAAAAGAUUCAAAAUUUAAAGAAGAACAACAAUCUCUAAAUCUAUCAUCUGAUCCAAAGAAAAUUAUGGAUACAAAGAACAGUGAAGUGUCGGAUGAAAUACAGUGGAAAUCACGGAAAUCAUUAAGAAGAUCAGACUGGUAUCAAUCUGAAGGCUGUUCAGAUGUUCCCAUUGAGAGGAAAAGUUUCUCGUCUAAAGAUAAAAAUUUUGAUACAGCAACAGAAAAUACAAGUGAAAUAGAUAAAAAUACUGGCAAUGAAUUUAGAACUGUCAGGGCUACGAUGUUUGAACACAAUGUUGAGUGGCACAUCGUUAAUGAGGCAGGCCUUCCAAGACAUACUAUUCCAGAUGAACAUACUAAAAGCAAGUCUAACGAACCAACUAAUGAAUCAAGAGGUUGGACUGUUUGUCGGGAGGGUGAUAACUCUUCUAAGUAUCAACAAGGCACUGAAAUGUUGAAUACUAGAAUUCCUCAAGCAGGUGUUUUUGAGAAGAGCACUUACAUUGCCAGCCAUAGUCCAUAUACACACACUAAUGUUAAAGUCGAUUUAAGUAGUCAGAGAAUUGUGCCAAGAUAUGAAAUUGUCCAAACUAUUGGGGAAAAGGUAUCCAGUGAGUCCAUACAGCUGCAUCCAGAGCAAAAUGUUCGGACUCUUCGAUCUAGCAAAUCUUUUAGUAAAAAAGAGAUAGAACAGGAGAGAUCAGAUUUGGAAGGAGAUAGCAUUGAUCGGCCUUGGAGCAGGCUUCAAAGAAGCAAAAGUGAAUACAGGAAACGUAAUACACAGGGCAGUUCACAGGAAACAUUUAAAGAUAAAGACUUUGAUUUAGAAAAGAAAUAUAAUUUUAGAGGAGAAAUAAGACCACCUGAAAAGGUGCAUGCUGACAUUGCAUUUAAAACAGAAAGAACUGGCCUAAUUGAAAGCAAAGCAGAUACACUUACCAUUUCUGGUUUUCAGGAAAAAGAAUUUAAAACAGAGAAAGCUAAACUGUGGGAAGAGAGUACACUGAGGACAGAUCUGACAGAAAAAGAACUGAGCAAAGGUUUGGACCAUUCUUCUUUUCGAACACCAGCAGCAAAUCAAACAGUAUCUGGGAAAGGACUGCAAGGAGAAGGCCAAAGAGAUGUCUUAAAAUCCCAGACAUACCAAGCAAGCAAAGGCAGUGCUGAAAAGGGUACAAAAAUUGCAUCAGUGUUUGAAAGUAAAGAUGACACUGGUGUUUAUGGUGAACAGUUCCAUAGUUCAGCUAAAAUUCACAAUUUUAAAGAAAAUGCAAACCAGCCUUAUAGAUCUUUUACAAAGAACAAUUCAGAACUGUUGUACAAAAACGAUUCCAAAGAUAAAUCAGUGGAUGUUAUUGAAUCAAUGCUUAAUAGUGAUAUUGAACAGAUGAAGAACAGUCUCAAUUUCCAUUCAUCUUCAAUGGACAUGCAAAUUUCUCACAUGGACAGCAGAGUUAAUGAAUACGUUGCAGAGCAGGAGUGGACACGAGGGAAAUCCUUGUAUUCUUUAAAAGACGACAGAAAAGAAGAAAAUAGCACAAAAUCAGUUAGAACAAGAGUAAUAAGUGAUUUUACCACACCCACUUCUAAUGAAGUAUCUACUAGAAACACUAACAGAGGGAUUGUUGAUAAAGAUGAUGUUUUUAACAGGUUUACAGUGAGAGACACAUCUACACAAGAUACAAAGGCAACAUAUUUUGCUGUGACAUGCUUAGAUAAAAAAGAAAAAAAUCAAAAUAAUCUUGAAUAUCAAGGCACUACUAUAAAUCUCCAGUCAAAUAAUCUUUACAUGAAACAAGACUUAAAUACAGACAAACUGUGUGCGUCUUCCCACAAUCUUAACUUUCCUUGGGAUUCUGGUGUUGAUAAACAAGACUUGGAAAUACCAAGCAAAAGCCACUGUAUUGUGGAAUCUGAUCUCACUGUAAAGUCUGAUGUGAGGAGUUCAGAAAAUUUGAGGCCAAAUACUAUUGACAUAGAUCUUUUGCAGGAGAAGCAUAGACAAAAGCCAUAUACAGAAGAAAACAGCCUUACAUACAGAGAUACUUUUGUAGAACACUCGCUAAAAGAUGAUCACAAAAGUGAAAAUAAACAGCAUGGCGAAGGUGAAAGAUUUGAUCCAAAAUUAACUUACAGAUCAAAAGUUGUUGAUAUUGAUGCCUUAAUGGAAGAUUAUAAAGUCACUCAAAAUAAAUGGGAUAAUAUUGAAGAUCAGGGAAAGCCGAAGUGGGAAAGGACACGAUCCUUUAGAGAAAGCUCAGAAAAAAAUGAUAGCAGAAAAUGGAAAGACCCUGAUGUGAAACCCUUCACAUACAAUAAAGGAAUCAAAUAUCAGACUGUCUCAUCAUGGUAUGCAUCUAGAGAACAUGGGCAUGAACCAAAAGCUGAAGACCUUCAAUUCUAUCAGCUUAAGGAUGAAAGUCUGUCUGUUGAUCCCGCAUUUGCUGUUGAAGCAGAUCGGGAAAAACAAUCGAAAACUAGAGAACACCAAUCCAUUAGUAAAAACAUAAGAACUCUGGAUGCGUUGCUUGACUCGUCGAGAGGAAGGCGCAGUGCCCAUAAAUCGCCAACUUCCUUGCUUCAGGACCCCUAUGGAAUAGAAACAGAAAGACAGCCAUCAAAGUCCUUUACAAAAGAAACUGGUUUUAUUGAGCUCAGUGUUGAUGGUGAUGAAGAGGAUAUCAAACUAAAACAUCAGACAGCAAGUAAACCCAGUGUAGCUGAGAUGAAACUGGCACAUUCUGAAAGAAGACGCCCAGCAAAGUCUAGUGAUUUAGUAGCACUAAUUUUAGAGGAUAAAGAAAGGAGAAGGCAAAAUAGGUUGAAGCAAAGGCCUGGAGAGGAGUAUAAUACACAGUCUUUAUCAUCAAGACAUUUCAGUGAACAAGAGUGUGUACAGAGUGGUAAUAAGGUGCAUUCCCAGGACUACAGCACAUCAGUAUACCAUUCCACUCGACUACAAGUUGAAACUGUGACCGAAAUAUCCCAUCGGAAAAGUGUAAAGCAACAAAGAGGGAGAGCAGAACUGGACCAGCUAAAACAGUGUGUCACUAGAUCCUCUACAGCCAACAAGGACACAGAUUCGCUUGUACAGGAGUCUGACAAGCAUUAUGGGACAUGGAGUGAGGAACAUCAGCAGAGUGAAGAUGGCUUUGUUGCCGAUUCGCCAUCUUUUGGUGACAUCUCCAGCAGGAAGCAGCCACCAGAAAGUAGACUGUCCUCAGUGUCGCACAGUGAAACCGACCAGCAUGACUUCUUGUCAGAUCACAAGAGUGCUGCAGUGGAUGCCUCCAGCAUGGAUAUUGAUUCCACUGAUGGCACAGGAAGCACCCCCUCUCUUCACGAGGCCAAAGCUGAGGAUUUUUCAUUCAUCGAUCAAACAUCAGUCUUAGACUCCACAGCACAGAAAACCAGGAUGCAACUGAGUCGGAAAAGCCAACGUCGUGCCCCUAGCCUGUCCCAGCGCAAAAGCCGCCUGCUCCUGUCCAGUAGUCAUCUUGAUGUGAUAGACGACACUGACAGCCCUUGGAUGUAUACAGACUCUACAGACGAAAAGCCUAUAAAGGAGGAAAUUGAUGAAGAAAAACCACAAAGGACUCCGGUUCAGCAACAGAGAAUGCCUAUGUUCCCUGGCAUGGAUCCCUCUGCUCUUAAGGCCCAGCUACGCAAGAGACAAGACCCAGAGAACAACAGUGAAUCUUCCUCCCAAAUAUCGCGGUCACCUAAAUCCCCUCUGCCACAGGGAACACUGGGUAUUAAACUCCUGCCGACAUCAAGUGACAAGCAAGAAAGAGGGCCAGAGGAGUCCCCAGCAUGGCUGAAAGAGCUGAAAUCAAAGAAAAGACUAAGCCAGUAUGAGAAUCAGACUUAACAGAUCCAGCAGUUUUCAAGAAGGGGACACAGCAGUUUAACAUACGCCUUAAUCCUCACAAUUCUACAAAUACACACCACUCUGCUGUCUUGCUUUGUCUGAACUGCUGUGUGUUUGGUGCCUUUUCAGUUUUUUGAAGAAACAAAAAAGCUGCUUAGUACCUUUCAGAUUUAAAAAUAGUUGUAUUUUAUAUGAAAAGAGAGAAAAGUCACUUUAGGACUCGCAAAGGGUAUUUACUUGAAAUGGAGCUCUACAGAAGCCAAAGGUCGUGCCUCCUGGGGGGCCCGGCUGACAUGGAAAGACUUGGGAUAGCAGCCUCACACACAAGUCACUUGUCCGGAUUUGUCAACGUGUUUUAAGAAGAGGGGUGGGGGAAAGCUUGACUGAAUUUUAUAAUUCUUUAUGUAAAAUUUCAAGAUCACAGAUGAAUUCAGCUUUUUUUGUUACUUAGAAUGUUCUAAAUCACUAUCCAGAUGAUUCAUUUUUUUAACUUCCAGAUUCUAGAACUAUAUAUACAAAUGAACAAAAUGUUUACUGCCAAUAACAGAAAACGCUUGACUACUUUUUGUAAAAGAAUUUUUAAUAUGGUGGUGUAUAAUGAAUACAAAGUGUAUUAUUCUUCCUCUGCUUUUACCUUGAUUCCCGCUGAGCAGAUUGUUUAGAACUAAUAGAAUGUUUGCCCCUCCUUAUCUGAAGCACCCCCUAUGAUUUCCAAACGCUGCCAAAUAGGUUGAGAGAGACAGAAUCUGCUAAUUACAUUUGGCAAUUACAAACUGGCUCAGUUUUAGGCUAGGGUCACAUGUGGAAACUCCAUCUGUAUCACUAGCCUUACACCAAAAUGCUGGUAAGUAAACUCUACAAAAUAACAACAGGCAGAGCCAGCCUUGCUGGGAGGAGAGAUUUGGCCUGCCCUGCAUCACAAAACCAAAGUAGAUGAUAGUGGCAAUGAGAUUAUGUAAAGUAAUGAAGAACAGCAAUAAUAUGUAACAUUCUGCAUUUGUUUAUAGUUUAGAAUAAGAUUUAUCAUCCCUGCACUGUACAUGUCAUUCACAUGUCCUAGGAACAAAUUGCAUUAUGCUGGGAAAGGCCUAUAACUUCUUUGGUUUGCAGCACAGUCUUACACCUUAUAUUUAAACAAAUACAAAUGUACAGUAUGUUAUUUUUUUUUUGUCACAGAUUGAUUAUCGAUUUUAACAUCCCAAAGAUGUUUUGAAUGACCACUUAUGCUUCUACACAAAUAUUAAGUAUAAGAAAGAGUUUUCCCCUCUUUCUUAUGGAAUGUACUAAACAUUUAUAUAUAGGGGAUCCAUAUAUAAAUGCAUGUUUUCUUUGGUAGCCAAUGUUUUAUCACUGUAUAUCCUCCUGCUUUGGACAAUGCAGCUACACAGUAUUAUAAAGAGGAACUCUUUUUGUUUAACAAACUUUACAAUUUAAUCAGUUUACCAUAAGCAACUUCAAGAUUUCUGCAGUCCUGUUAAUGAUAUGCAGUUCUUAUGCCAUAGCAUAAUAAUAUUGUUUGUUGGAUAUUAUAAUCAUAUAUUGAUUUUAGACUCGCAAUUGACUUUAAAAAAACAAAACUGUAUUAACUAACUACAUUAGAUUUCCAUAACCUAUAUAAAGGCACAAGGUCCCAGGUAUAUUCUCUCUAUAUAUAAAAUUUGUAAUGUGUGGCCAAAGCAAUUCCCUCUAGCUUUUCCUUGAUCUGCCACUUUUCUUGCCUGUCAGCUCUUACACAGUUCUUGAACAUUUUUAUAUUUUUAUAGAAUUUAGUAGUCCCAUCACUGUGCACCAGCAAUGGUUUAAGUCCACCUUGGGUCACUUAUUGCAGGAUGCUUUCAUAGCAAAUGGCUAAGCAUUAUUUUAGACCCUAUUAUGGCAUUUUGAGAAAUAUAGUAUUUUUAUUUAGUAACUGAAGAAAAAAAUUGUCUUUAGGGCAAGGGCACACGGUACAGAGGCCAACCCCCGAUCUGUUCCGCUCUAUGUGCCCACACUCGGGCGGUUACUGUAGUUUUCGGUGCGACGUAGGCAAGCAGAUCUGCUUCUCUCAGCCGGACUUAAAAAUGCAGGGCUGGGAGAAGCAGAUAUAUGAACUGUGGGCCCUUGCCCUAAUGCAUAGCAAAGUUUUAACGUGCUAUUUCUAAAACUUUGUUUUGUUAAGAAAGUAAAUAGCUAAAUUUGACUUUUUUAAAUAUACACAAACUCAGGAAAAUCUUUGCUAAGUUUCCUGUGCUAUUAAUGUUGGUUAGGACUAUGUUCCAGUGCAAACACACCAAACAGGGCAGGCAAAAAAUCUUUAGAAGCAGAACUUUUUAGCUGCACGAACCUGCAGUUGGAUUUUAAAUAGAGUGUUGAUUUGAAAUGGAUGAAAGCCAAAGAACAUUCCCUAUUAAACAGCAAAUUUUAUGUUUUAUUGCCCCCAGGAUUAGGCAUAACACAUCUCCAUCCUUGGGCCUGAGCAAAUGACAUAUGGUUUUUAACAAGGGUUUGUAUUUGGCCAAAACUUUAUUUUCCUAUAAUUUUACAGGAGCAUAAAUCUAGGUAAUGAUAAGUUGUUAAUUCUACAGUGCUUUGUAUAGUGGUAGCACUAUAUGUACAUAAAUUAAGCGUCAUGCAGCCCAGUUCUUAAAAUACAGGUAACUCUGUAUGCCCCUAAUUCUAAAAUUAUGAAUGAGGUACAACUGUGUCUCUGGGAUGUGAAUGCAGUGCAGCCUAUACAAUAAAAAAAAAGACUUUGGCAGAUGGAUAUGCAGACAAAAUUCCUCCACUUUAUAUAUAUAUAUAUAUAUAUAUAUAUAUAUAUAUAUAAACACUGACAUUUUGUGCAUAAAGCUGCUACAUAUACCAACAGGGUUUGUUUGUCCAUAUUUUGAACUAUAUUCAAGCAGGACAACUGCAUUCAAGUUAUACCUGAUCAGACCAUUACUACGCUCACUUUUAUCUGAUUUAUUAAGAAUUUUAGUAUUUAUGUAGGCUUUAUUCUAGGGACUGAGUUUUACCUGAAACUUACCAAGGUUAAAGCUCCCAAAUGGCUACCCUUUUAAUUGGACACCACAAGAAUCACGUGACAGAAGUUGGAAUGAUAAAAGCUGUCUCACCACAAAACUAUUUCUAAAUGAUGAAAUCUUUGCACCCAUGCUUAAUAACUGACAACUUUCACCUUUGCUAUAAGUGGUAUAGCCUAUUUCCAAACAUGGAAGCAUAUGAUUGAGUGUAUGAUAAGGUUCUCUCUGAGUGAGCUGUAACUUGUAGGAGAGACACAACUGCGUGGAUAUUAUGAAAGGUUAUCAAAUGUAUACAUGAAAUUUCAGUAAAACUGUCACUGUUUCAAGCACAGAUGCUAAACUUGUAUAUACAACUCAGACUCCUUUGCACUUAACUGUCGCACUACUGUAUCAGCAGGAGAUGUAUGGAACUGGCAUUUUAAACUUUCCUGGCAUCGCAGUGACCUGCUGCAAAUUGUAUUGUUCUUUUUGCGCCAAUAGAGAACUUUAUUCAAGUAGCUAAAUGGGGGAAAAAUAUAUAUAUAUAUAUAUUACACAGAAGAAAUUGCAAUAAAACUGGUUUUAAAAACACAGAAUUUAUAUUUAA